CCCUCAUCCGUACACAUGCUGUGCAGCGGCAGGGCAGAUGGUCAGUUGGGCAGAUAUUCCGCGCAACAUCUUAUUUACAGUAAACACGUGUAAUCAGGGCGUGAUACGAGAGAGACGUUUUCAUCUUAUGCUUUUUCACACGGGUCGUUGCUUUUGAACCUGUUCAGGACAGCGCGAUGACGUUUCACCAACCCGGAAAUAGCUGUUAGACAGCUAAGAGAGAGAGAGAGAGAGAGAGAGAGAGAAGAGAAGCUAAGAGAGAGAGAGAAAGUAAAUCACUCCUCCCGGAUCUUCAGCGUUGGAACUGGUCUUCUCAACGUUUCUCCCUCAUUCCCAAGUCGAGUGUAAGUUUCAGUGCAGGACUGUAACCUUGGCCAAGUGCCUGGGUGGCUCUUCCUCACCUCAUCUUCCUCUGCUCAUCUGCUGGUACCUGUCAUGGGGAACCUCCUAAAAGUUUUGACGUGUACAGACCUUAAUGAAGAGCCCAACUUCUUCCUCGAUUUUGAAAAUGCACAGCCUACAGAUGCAGAGCGAGAGACAUGGAAUCAAGUGGACGUUGUCCUGAAAGAUGCUCGAGCAGUUCUUGAUGAACUUCAGGCCUAUAAUGGAGCUGGGAAAGAGAUAAGAGAGGCAAUCCAGAACCCCAAUGAUGAGGCAUUGCAGGACCAGGCUUGGGCUGCAGUCGUGCCCCUUGUGGGCAAACUCAAAAAGUUCUAUGAGUUCUCACAGAGAUUAGAAGCAGCACUACACAGCCUGUUAAGAGCUCUGACUAAUGAGACAUACAGUGACGCCACACAGCACCUGGAGCGCGAACAGGCCCUUGCCAAGCAGUUUGCUGAGAUUCUGCACUUCACUCUCCGCUUUGACGAGCUGAAGAUGACGAAUCCUUCUAUCCAAAAUGACUUUAGUUACUACAGGAGGACUCUGAACCGCAUGAGAAUUAAUAAUGUCCCAUCAGAAGGAGAAAAUGAGGUCAACAACGAGCUAGCCAAUAGAAUAUCUUUAUUUUAUGCAGAUGCCACACCUAUGCUAAAGGCUUUGAGUGAUGGCACCACAAAGUUUGUAUCUGAGAACAAGAACUUACCUAUUGAGAACACAACAGAUGUGUUGAGCACUAUGGCUAGUGUGUGUAAAGUCAUGCUAGAGACACACGAGUACCGUUGCCGUUUCAGCAGUGAGGCCACUGUGUCAUUCUGUUUGCGUGUCAUGGUGGGCGUCAUCAUACUCUAUGACUAUGUACAUCCUGUUGGUGCAUUUGCCAAGUCAUCCAAAAUAGAUAUGAAAGGAUGCAUUAAAGUUCUCAAGGAUCAGCCCCCAAACAGUGUGGAAGGCUUAUUAAACGCUCUCAGGUACACAACAAAGCAUCUGAAUGAUGAAUCGACUGCUAAGACCAUCAAAAGCAUGUUGCAGUAAGCAGCAGCUCGGGGAUUCACACCACUGGCCUCACAAACGUGUUCAGGGGACACUCUCCCUCCCAAGGAACAGCAAUGCAAAGAAUGUUUUUCCCUUUUUUUUUUUUUUUUUAAACACCAGUAGGACAAUUAACACUUUUAAAAGUGCAUGCUUUUCGCAUUUUUGGUGUUUCUCUUUUUUCUUUUUUGUGCCAAAUAAUUUUUUCCCCCCGAAAUCUUAGUUCUACCCCAUAUGGCCAUAUUAAUGAUGGCAGCUACAAAUUCGUCAAUUAUUUUUGUAAUUAUUGGGUUAAUAUUGCUUGUUUUCCCAUAAAAGGGAGGGAGAAUGCUUUUGACUUGAAAAAAGUAUAUUGAUAGAGAAAUAUAAAUAUAUAUUUUAUUUUGUUUGAAUUAAUAUUUAAUAUUAUGUGCUCUGCAUGACACAAUGUUGUAUUUAAGGAAAAACAGAAACAACUAGUGUUUCAUAAUUGACUGCUUGGUUGUGUGAGAGUUCCAAAAAAAAAAAGGUUAAUUUAAAUUAUGUUUUGCUAUAAAGAUGGUACUAGUAAAAAGCAUUUCAAAUUGUAGUAAUGUUCAAAUUUUAUAUUUUUUAUAGGUUUUGAUUUGUUUUUUUUUUUUGUUUUUUUUUUAUAGCUGUGAUUUUCUUCUUUGAAAACUAGUUUCAAUAUUUCUGGUGAAUUAAAAGUAAAUUUUUGAUGUAUGAUGACAUGAAAUGUGAUGUUUAAAAAAAAAACAAUUAAAAGAUGGUUUCAUUUUUGUAACUAUUA